GGAGAGGGCUGGGUGGCUGUUCACGUGACCGGCGGAGGCAGCCUACUCCUGAGUCUCGUGAGCCAGGGGCGCAGGGGGUGUCCCGGGGGCCGCAUCCGAAAGAGGGGAGACCCCGCCAGGCGGCUGGCUUAGGCAAGGCCGAGGCCUCGGGGACGAGCGGGGGGAUUGGCUCUGUCUGCGCGCCAAGCUCUGUCCCCAGGACCCCCCGCUGGGCGCGGGCCGGGAGAAACCCCCCCGCCCCGCUGCGCUCGCACAGCCCCCGCUCGGCAGGAACGCGGCCUGGGGCUCAGAGCAGGGACCCCCCCGCCCCACCGCGGGGUCGGCCCAGGAGGCGCCGCGCUCAGAGCCAGAGGUGGGUGAUGCCAAGCACAGCCAUGAAGAAAAAGGUGCUGUUGAUGGGUAAAAGUGGGUCUGGAAAAACCAGCAUGAGAUCCAUUAUCUUUGCAAACUACAUCGCCAGAGACACACGGCGCCUUGGCGCCACAAUUGAUGUGGAGCACUCCCAUGUUCGAUUUUUGGGAAAUCUGGUGCUGAACCUAUGGGACUGUGGAGGACAAGACACCUUCAUGGAGAACUACUUCACGAGCCAGCGGGACAACAUCUUCCGCAAUGUGGAAGUCCUGAUCUACGUCUUCGACGUGGAGAGUCGCGAGUUGGAGAAGGACAUGCACUACUACCAGUCGUGUCUGGAGGCUAUCCUGCAGAACUCUCCUGAUGCCAAGAUCUUCUGCCUAGUGCACAAGAUGGAUCUAGUGCAGGAGGACCAGCGUGAUCUGCUUGAUACAUCCCUGUCCAGAUGUGCAACGAAGGGCUCAGAAAAGAGCAAGGAGGCCACGUGGGUGAAGCCACAGGCUGGUCUUCCCUGGAUUUUUAAAGAGAGGGAGGAAGACCUGAGGCGACUGUCCCGCCCCUUGGAGUGUGCAUGCUUUAGAACGUCCAUCUGGGAUGAAACACUUUAUAAGGCUUGGUCCAGUAUAGUCUAUCAGCUGAUUCCUAAUGUCCAGCAACUAGAAAUGAACCUGAGGAACUUUGCUCAGAUUAUAGAAGCAGAUGAAGUUCUUCUGUUUGAGAGAGCCACUUUCCUGGUUAUUUCCCAUUAUCAGUGCAAAGAACAACGCGAUAUCCACAGAUUUGAGAAAAUCAGUAAUAUUAUUAAACAGUUCAAGCUGAGCUGCAGUAAGCUGGCUGCUUCUUUCCAGAGCAUGGAAGUCAGGAACUCUAACUUUGCUGCUUUCAUUGACAUCUUCACAUCGAAUACAUAUGUGAUGGUGGUCAUGUCUGAUCCUUCCAUACCUUCUGCAGCUACACUGAUCAACAUCCGCAAUGCUAGGAAACACUUUGAGAAGCUGGAGAGAGUGGAUGGACCAAAGCACAGUCUGCUCAUGCGCUGAACGCUGGCCAAACCACAUGGUCUUUGGGGGAGAAAAGUUGGAACUGCAGUUUUUUUAGGAGAAUCUAACAAUGUGGGUGUCUUUGUGGGCUUUAAAAUGAGUGUGCUGCUUACCACCGCAAUCUUCUUUAUUUUUUUUUCUCCUUUUAACAUUGGACACUAGUCACUUGGAUGAUGUCUGGAUACACCGUGGACCUUUGAGAGAGACUUCCUGGCACACUAGGGGUUGGGGAAGAUACAAGGGCAGGUGAUUUGCACUUGGCCUGAUAAGCCUAGUUGCCAUAGUCAUGCACAUUGAAGCCUUUGUGGAUGUUUUCCUGUAUUCCAGAUGAUCAUAUAAAUCACAAGGAUGGAAUAUUACUAUUUUAUCAGCAAGUUGCUAGGAUACAUUUAUAAAUUUCUCCUUGUCUUCAGUCAUGAAAAUAAAUUUUUGCUACCAGGGACUUUGA